CAUGGCUUUUCUGGAGGAUGGAAACUACACUGCAGUGAAAGAGUUCAUUUUAUUGGGAUUAACAGAUGACCCUGUCCUAAGAGUUGUCCUCUUCACCAUCAUCCUGUGCAUCUACCUGGUGACUGUGUCUGGGAACCUCAGCACCAUCCUUCUCAUCAGAGUCUCUUCCCAGCUCCAUCACCCCAUGUACUUUUUUCUCAGCCACUUGGCUUCUACUGACAUAGGCUACUCGUCUUCUGUCACACCCAAUAUGCUUGUCAACUUCCUGGUGGAGAAAAAUACCAUUACAUACCUAGGGUGUGGCCUUCAGCUUGGCUCAGCUGCUUUCUUUGGGAUAGUUGAGUGCUUUGUUCUGGCUGCCAUGGCUUAUGAUCGCUUUGUGGCAAUCUGCAACCCACUGCUGUAUUCCACCAAAAUGUCCACACAAGUCUGUGUCCAGUUGCUUGUAGUAGCAUACGUAAGCAGUUUUCUUACUGCUUCCUCCUUCACUCUUUCCUUCUUUUCUUUUUUCUUCUGUGGUCCAAAUAGGAUCAAUCACUUUUUCUGUGAUUUUACUCCUUUAGUUGAACUCUCCUGUUCUGAUGACAGUGCCUUUAUUUUUCUUGCCACUGUUUCUGAUGGCAUUGUCAUUCUGAUCACAGUGCUUAUCAUUAUUGUCUCCUACACCUACAUCCUCGUCACCAUCCUGAAGAUGCGCUCCACCGAGGGCCGCCACAAGGCCUUCUCCACCUGCACCUCCCACCUCACUGCAGUCACUCUCUACUAUGGAACCAUCACAUUCAUCUACAUGUUGCCCAAGUCCAGCUACUCCACAAACCAGAACAAGGUGGUGUCUGUGUUCUACAUGGUGGUGAUCCCCAUGUUGAACCCCCUCAUCUACAGCCUCAGGAAUAAUGAGAUUAAGGGUGCUCUGAAGAGACACCUUGCUACGAAAAUAUUUUCUUAG